AUGACCGACUCUCCUAAGAAGGCCUGCGUGGACAACAUCGACGAGAACACUCCCCCUCUAGCCGAGAAAGCCAAGUCAACCUCAGCUACGAAGAUCGUGCAUCCCCAUGAGCUCGGCAACCCCGACCAGCACAUCUUACAAAAGCUUCCUGAUAACGUGUCCGAGUACAUCCGCGACAACCUCCCAUCUGGGGCUCAAGCUGACGUCGCCUCUCCCUUGGUCUCCAAGAACCUCGUCACCAAAAGAAUGCUCGGACUCCUCGACGACACAAGCUGCAAAGAGCUCGCUCAUCUGUUGUCCGACAGAACCAACUUGCUUUUCUUGAAGGCCGUCGGCCGCAACUGCGGCGCGCUUCACUCUCUCAAAAGAAAGACGGAUGACACUCGAGCCGAGAGUGGUUUGGGGCCAGAUUCUGUGGCCAAGCUGCAGUCCAAGUUCAAGGCAAAGCACGGUGUUGAGCACAGCCUCAACCAGGGUUACCGGGGCUUGAGCCAGGAAGUCGACAGUGGUGAGGUCGUUGUUCACCAGGUUGGAGACCAGGGUGAUUAG